CAGCGCCGCCGCCGUCCGCGCUGCGCCCUGGGGCCCGGGCUCGCAUUCGGGGGGCUUCCGAGAGAGUCGCCGCCCGCACCAUGAAGUCCGUGCUGUUCAGCCGCUUCUUCAUCCUUCUGCCCUGGAUCCUGAUCGUCAUCAUCAUGCUGGACGUGGACACGCGCAGGCCGGCGCCCCCGCUCACCCCGCGCCCCUACUCCUCUCCCUACGCCGGCGGCCGCGGGAGCGCCCAAACCACGCUCCGCAAGGGCGGCCCGGGGCGCAGCGCCGAGCCGCGCAACGAGUCUCGGCCCCCGCCUGCCCCCGAGCCGCCGCUGCCCACCAUCUAUGCCAUCACGCCCACCUACAGCCGCCCAGUGCAGAAGGCCGAGCUGACGCGCCUGGCCAACACGCUCCGCCAGGUGGCGCAGCUGCACUGGAUCCUGGUGGAGGACGCCGCGGCGCGCAGCGAGCUGGUGAGCCGCCUCCUGGCGCGCGCCGGGCUGCCCAGCACGCACCUGCACGUGCCCACGCCGCGGCGCUACAAGCGCCCGGGGCUGCCGCGCGCCACCGAGCAGCGCAACGCCGGCCUGGCAUGGCUGCGCCAGCGGCACCGACACGGGCACGGGCGCGCGCAGCCCGGAGUGCUCUUCUUCGCCGACGACGACAACACCUACAGUCUGGAGCUCUUCCAAGAGAUGCGGACCACGCGCAAGGUGUCUGUCUGGCCAGUGGGCCUGGUUGGCGGGCGGCGCUACGAGAGACCCGUGGUGGAAAACGGCAAAGUGGUCAGCUGGUACACGGGCUGGAGAGCAGACAGGCCUUUCGCCAUCGACAUGGCAGGAUUUGCUGUAAGUCUUCAAGUCAUCUUGUCCAAUCCAAAAGCUGUAUUUAAGCGUCGAGGGUCCCAGCCAGGGAUGCAAGAAUCUGACUUUCUGAAACAGAUAACCACCGUGGAAGAACUGGAACCGAAAGCAAGUAACUGCACCAAGGUCCUCGUGUGGCACACGCGGACAGAGAAGGUCAACCUCGCCAAUGAGCCCAAGUACCGCCUGGACACAGUGAACAUCGAGGUGUAGCGUGUGUGUGCCGGCCAGGGCGGCGGGAGAGCACAAGGGGCUGCAGGACAUUCAGGUACUGUUUGCUUUACUCUGCACAGCCGCCUCCCUGUCACCCAAAGGACAUCUGCGCACACAGUCCUUCAGCUGACGCAGCUGACUGGGGGCCACAGAGUGUGUCUUGUCCUCACCUGUUCUGCACGUUUUCUCUACAGCUUGACUGGAAGGUUCGUACAGUACCCUAAGUGACACUGCAAAAUGCCACUCAAGUGUCUUACACACUUCUUUCCCCAUUUGGCCUUAUAAUCAGUAGAACUGUGAACAGGUUUUAGAAAGUGAUGAUGAGUAUUUUGUCAACUAAACAUUUCCAAUUCCUGGCUUUGCAACAUGAACUCUUGGAAGGUUGGUGGCAAGAAUACACUGUAUGGGGGGAAAAAACUCACAAAACGGUGUAUGGAUUCAUCUGUUUAAUAUAGGGAAAUAACAUUUUGUCAAUACUAGGCACCAUAAAAUGUAAACACAAUUACUGUCAUAAACCUGGAUAUACCCUCAAGGAUUGAAAGUAGCUUUGUUUUAGUUACCCUGUUAGCAUAUAGUGCAGAAAAAGGUCUUCAUGUUUUAGCACUAUGUACAUUAGAGAUCCAAACUGAAGAGGCAGAUAAAAUUUGAAUUCUUUUAACAUUCAUUAAGUUCUAUAAUAACAUCCAGGUUUAUCUUCCUUUCACUAACCACGUUCCUUGUUAAGCACAUCGUAACAAUAGCACAGUGAGGUGAAUGAUAAAAUAAAAGGAUUUUGAUACACUAGAAAACAGUGCUUAGUGAUACAUUUACAUUCUAUUUAUAUGAUUAAACAUUUGAUCAUACAGUACCUUCCUACAGAUUACUGGCUAAUUUGGGGAGGGAUUUAUACUGUUAGAGGUAUUACUAACAUACUACUUCCCUUAUAUGCAAACAUUAGAGCUAUAAUUUUAUUGAGACUAAAACUGAUUAUGCAAGUUGACUGGGCAGCUUCUCAAAUAAUGUGGCUAUGAAAUCAUGAGAAAUAUGAGCAGAGCUGCCCUUGACAUAAAAUGGUUUCUCAACCUGCCUUUCACCACA